GGCUCUACGGUCCCCGAAGCAAAGGCUAAAGGCUGCGUUUUUGACGUCAUGGCCUAUGGCUGGGUUCCGUCCCAAUGCUACAACGGCGACCUCGUCAGCACAUACAAAGCAUACAACAUGAGCCCAUGGGCAUUCGACAAGAACCUCACCAACCCAGCUCCGGAAAAAGUGCUUAUGGCUGGCGAGAGAAGAAUCCUCUAUACGGACCUGCGCUUCCACCAAGAGCACUGCUUUUAUACAUGGCAUAACCUGCUCCACAGUGUUAAGCAUCAACGACCCUUAAUUCACAACUUGUCGGCGUCAACCGAACAUCGGCAUCACUGCAAGGGACUAUUCUUGCAUGGG